GAAUGUCGUUAUUUUUUGCCGCUCUCGUCUCCUCAACCUCAACGUCCACCCUUCUCAUAUCUACGAACUCUGUGGAAUCUAUAUCGUGUUUUUUAGGUUUUAACGUUAAAACCUAUGCAAAUUCAACGCUAAUCAAUCUUCUUCUGCACUAUUUGAAUAUAUUUGCCUCUGUGGAAAAGGAUUGACAAGACAGAAUUUGAACAUAUUCGCCCUAAUUCUCGAUUGUUAGCCGAUGACAUUAUUUGAAUCCUUAAAGAAAAGCUCGAUUGGCGAUGAUCAAUGCUUUCUGCGGUCGUGUUCUUUCGGUUGGCUUAAUGAAAUGAUUCCAAUUGAUGUUUCAACACAAAAUGGGCGCCAAAGGUGUGAUGUUAUUCAUGGCAAUUAUCAUUUUACUAUACCCUUUGGCAGAGGCUUUGAAUUCAGACAGAGAUUGCCAGAAACCGCCUCUUGACGAUCAAAUCGAUUGGGAUGAUGACACGGCGGAGUUAUUAGAGGUGAACUGUGGAGCAGAGUCGGCUUCUUGCAUGGAAGAUUUUCGAGAUCUUCAAUACUGUGACAGUGACAAAACCCUUAUGGGAAAAGAGAGAAUGUGUAGAGCUAUAAAUGUCCAAGAUCCUCAUGUCAAGAAAACUAUAUUAGAUUGUCUGAGAGCUAAACAAAUCGCUUUAUCCAAAUCCAGAAAAGAUAAACGUACCAAAAAGUGGUACUUAGAGUAUCUAGCGUCUUUUUAUAACAGACCUAGCGGUGCCCCUAGAAGACGCAGGCUGGCUGAAAGCGUUAGCCCUGGAACAGUUGCUGUUGUUGCUAUCGUUACUGCGAUCGUAACACUUUGUCUUGCUAGCCUUAUUUAUUAUUGUUAUGCUAGGAAGUACGGUUUGGCUGGCAUUAAAAAUGACGAAAAGCCUCUUCCCAGCUUAAGUACUGGCAAGGAUUCCACUAGUGGUGCUUUAAAAAAACUGUUAAAACCGAAGAGCAAACACAAAAAUAUUGAAAAUCAGUCAAACAGACAGACGGAUGCGAGCGUCUCUGUCGAUUCAGGCCCGCACAUGAACGCAUCUUCGGAUCCUUCUGUAAACGCGCCGGCUGGAAGCGUAAAGCCAUCUAUACAACAGCAUACUCUGAAGCCGAGAGCUGUAAGGGCAGAAUCGUCUUUACGACCUGCCCGAAAGACAGAAUCUUCUGUACGGCCUCAUGUUGGACAGACAAGGUCACCAGUUGGAGGGAAAGAAUCGUCUCACCCACUGCCACCAGUCAAUGGCGGUUCUCCGGCUACUUCUCCCGCCACUGCUCCGGCAGCUUCUCCUCCGGAAACCUCUCGAGCUGCUCCGAACGCACCUGGACCUUCUUCGGAUGAGCCAUUGCAUAAAGUAGCGCCUUCACCGCCACCACCACCGCCACCCAAGCCUGCAGGUGGUGGCCCACCGCCUCCUCGACGAUUUGGUGCAAGCUUCAGACCACGUCGCCAUGCUGAUCCAGUCGAUGCCUCUAAAGCAAAGCUAAAACCGUUCUUCUGGGAUAAAGUUAGUGCUACUAAUCCUGAUCAACAAAUGGUUUGGGAUAGAAUCAAAUCCGGAUCGUUUCAGUUCAACGAAGAAAUGAUUGAAAGUUUAUUCGGCUAUCAAGCACCCGGUAAAAACAAAGAUCAAGACACCAAGAACACUCCAGCAAAAGAACCUCCGAUCCAUUACAUUCAAAUUAUCGAUCCAAAGAAAGCACAGAAUUUGUCUAUUCUUCUAAAAGCACUAAAUGUGACACCUGAAGAAGUUUCCGUUGCACUUAUAGAAGGAAACGAACUGCCAAUCGAAAUCGUUCAAACGUUGCUAAAAAUGGCACCAACUGAUGAAGAGGAAUUGAAAUUACGGCUAUACGGUGGGGAUCUUAGUCGGCUUGGAUCUGCAGAGAGGUUUUUAAAAAUAUUAGUUGAAAUACCGUACGCAUUCAAAAGGCUAGAAUCGUUAUUAUUCAUGUGCACGCUUCAAGAUGAAGAAGCAAACAUAAAAGAAUCCUUUGAAACCUUAGAGGCUGCUUGUGUAGAGCUUAAAAAAAGCCGAUUGUUCCUCAAACUACUGGAAGCUGUUCUGAAAACCGGGAACCGGAUGAACGUCGGAACUUUUCGUGGGAGUGCAACCGCAUUCAAACUGGACACACUCUUAAAGCUCUCGGAUGUCAAAGGAACCGAUGGAAAAACGACUCUUUUACAUUACGUAGUUCAAGAAAUCAUGAGGGGUGAAGGUAUGCGAGUGGCACGGGCCGCCAAAGCAGGCGAUAAAAACAUAAGCCCCAUUAAAACCGAAGAUCUUCUUCUGGAACCUUCUAAAGAAGAAGCGGAUGAACAUUAUUGCAAACUCGGGCUGGAGGUGGUUUCCGGUUUGAGUAACGAGCUUGAGAAUGUGACACAAGCGGCAAUGAUCGAUGUCGAGAGGUUGACCAGUUCGGUUUCUAAACUUGGGUCCGGGCUUUUGAAAGCCCGUGAAUCAUUGAACACGGAUAUGAAGAAUUUGGCAGAGCAAUCGGAAGAUGCGGAACCCGAUGAAUUUUGGCUUAUUUUAUCGACUUUUGUGGAGACUGCUGAGAAGGAGAUUUCAUGGAUGGUUGAAGAAGAGAAGAGGAUAAUGGGUCUUGUGAAAAGUACAGUGGAUUACUUUCACGGAAACGCUGGGAAAGAUGAAGGGCUGAGAUUGUUUUCGGUUGUACGGGAUUUUCUUAUCAUUUUGGAGAAGGUGUGUAAAGAGAUACAGGCGGCUCCUAUAAAACCGCUGAAGAAGAAAGACGAUCAGAGUGAGGCCUCAAACGGUGAUGGAGGCUUAGUUAAUAGUUCUAGUGAAGAUGGCGAUCAGUCUGUAACGUAAACCACACCUUCCUUUAUGUACUUGAACAUCAAUUUGCCGAGCCGAUAAGUUAGACAUCUUUCAACAUGAAUGCUGCAAUCUUUAACUUUUGGUUUGACUUUUGAAGAAGUUUGGUCAAAGAACCAAACUUCUUCUCAAAUGCAAAGUUGGUAUCAACUAUCAAA